AGAUGAGGCUGCUAGGAGUAGAUCCCAGACGAGAUGAGGAAAUGGAAACUCAAAAGCGAUCAAUUUGGAUCUGGGCCACAGAAAUCGAAGCGAUGCAACACACCCGCGUCAAGAGGCAGACUACCAAUAUGUCGAUCUUUUUUCAGAACAAAGGAUCAAAUUCCAUGAUGCUACCAUGAUCCGGAUGAUCGUAGAAUGCUGGUCGUUUGUGCGCCGCUAUUGCGUCAAUGUUGGAUCUUGACUGGAGGGCCUGACCUCUACCGAAAUGUGACUUUAUUGUCGUACGAAAUCCUUCGCGAAUGACAAUGAGACUCUAAUUUCUUUACUUACCAUGUUUGGUUCGGUUUGCCAAGUCAUAUUUGAUUUUCGAGCCCUUUAUCACUUUUUUUCAUUCAGGGACAUUAUCGUCAGGACUAGAAUUGUGGAAAGACAGAGUUCAGAAUGGCGCGAAGCGGGAUUGCAGCCGGCCGCGACCGCGGGCACAUCACGACCGUUCGGGAGUUGAAGCAACGUCCGUCCAACAUGAAAGGCAAGCUCAGCUCGAAGUAUCCAAGUUACAUAUUUUUUCCUUUUGUCAGAUGGCGUAUGAUCAUGAUGCCACAUCUCUAUUCUCUCAAGUUCGACGGCCAGAGAUGUUCCCCCUCCUGUCUAGUGAACGGAAACAAUUCAGUAUUGGCGUGCUGGAAUAUACUCCUACUGGAGGUGUCUACCGUCGUCAAACGAUAUCUGAUAGCAACAUAUAGUCUCUACCUGGGUCGUGGCUGUAGAUCUGAGCAGAUUUCGGAAUUAGAUAUUCGCUGGGCCCUACUUUUCAUCGAAGUCAUAUAGAAGCUCGGAGGCCUAGUAGUGCUCGUUGCCUUGAAGGCGUUGCAAGCGAGCUUUCUACAACAUCAGGAACGUUGUAUAUUAGGCACCAUUCCAUCUUCAAAACCCAAGCUAAAUCACUACAGGGUUGCUUUGGUGAGGGAGGUUGUGCGAGAAAC